AUGUCGACCGCCGAGCACUCUGGUGCAGGCGCCGUAUCGGCCAAACAUGUCAUCUACGCCGAGAUCCUGGCUGUUACCACGGUCAUGCGCAAGAACUCGCGCUGGUCUUCGUCUAGCCAGUACUAUAACACGCGCGACUCUGCCCUAGCGAGCGACCUCGGAUUGAAGCGCUCGGGGCCAUCAGGCAGUGCAGCGCGUAGAGGGACGGAAGAAGAGGAGCUUAUGUCUGCAUUCGAACAGCUGAAGCGCGAGUUGCGCAGUGCACCGGAUAUCUACGCGCUACCUCUAUCCAGUAUAUUAUCUCCUUUCCUGGCCAUCAUACGCUCGCCUCUUGCUACUGGACCCAUCGCAUCUGCCGCAUUGUCUGCCGUUCACUCGUUCUUCGCACGCGGGCUCGUGCUACCGGAGGCACCUACUAUUGACGCCACUCUUGCGGAUCUGAGCACCUCCAUCUCGCAUUGCAAGUUCGAGGCUAGCGACUCAUCUGGUGAUGAGGUUGUACUGCUACGCAUCCUAAAGGUCAUCGAGGAUUGCAUGUGCAGCCCGGUUGGCACACUGCUAGACGAUGUGGAGGUCUGCGAGUUGCUCGAAACCGUCUUGACAACUUGCGUUCAGAUGCGCCUGAGUGAGACUCUGCGCCGCUCUGCUGAGCUUACCAUGCACGCCUUGGUGCGAAGCACAUUCUCGCGAGUGCACUCAUUGGACCCAGUCGAGGAGGAGAAGAAGCUCGUCAACGCCCGGUCGCCCGUUUCUGGGCAGACCGACAUGACUAUGACCCCAGCACCCUCUACAGUUACAAUUACGGCUGCAGACACCACCAGUACUCUUGUUGCAGAGGCUACCGCAAACGCCGAGGAGGCGCCUGAGCCUACCGCGGUAGAACAGGCAAUUCGAACACCCUAUGGUGUUCCCUCGCUUGUCGAGCUACUGCGCGUGAUCAUCAACAUAUUGGACCCUAACGAGCGUGUUCAUACCGAUUCGACACGAUUGCUGGCUUUGGGUAUCCUCAACACGAUCUUUGAAGUCUCUGGUUCGCGCAUCGGCGACUUCCCCACAUUGCGUACCUUGGUGCUCGACCACGGAUGCAAAUAUCUUUUCCAGCUUGCGCGCUCCGAUAACCCUGCAAUCCUACAUCUGUCCCUUCGCACGAUCGCAACGAUGUUCACGGGCAUGCGCGCGCACCUGAAACUUCAACAAGAGCUCUUCCUCGCCUUUACACUGGACCGUUUAGCUCCACCCGCAGCCGGCAAGACGCCGAAGCUACAGAGUACACCACGUCUUGGUGGCCCUACCGGAAGAGGGACGCCGCGCACAUUCUCUCCUUUACUCGAGCCCGUCGACGAGUCCGACUCCGAGAAGAGCGGACUGGCACCCGGGAAGCCCUCAGCGCUACCUGCGCGGGGCGAGACACGCGAGUUGUUACUGGAGACGCUAUGUCAGAUCGCUCAGCGCCCGGGCUUUAUGGUAGAGCUCUUCGUGAACUACGAUUGCGACAUCAACUCCGAGAAUAUUUUCGAACGUCUAGUUGACGUCUUGACGAAGAGCGUGUAUGCGGAAUACUACGGAGAUAGCGGAUUGAGCUCCACGAGCUCACAAUACCUAUCUCUCGACUUGUUACUUGCUUUCGUGAACGAUAUGGCCAAUAGAUCGAAUGAGAUCCAUUCGGACCCGAACUCAUCACUGGACCCGGUGGAGCUCAUGCGGGUAAAGUCGCAGAAGCAGUUGAUCCAAACUGGCAUCUCCCGCUUCAACGCGAAGCCCAAGACGGGCAUCGCCUUCCUCGAAGAACACGGUCUCAUCUACCACGAUGUUACGCCAGAAGGCACCCCGGCCGAGCUUCAGGUGACCAAGCCGCUAAGUCUUGCGCGUUUCCUCAAGAGCUCUACGCGUCUCGACAAGAAGGUCCUCGGCGAGUAUCUUGGUCGACCUGAGAACGUGGAGGUCCUGCAGGAGUUCGUCGGCUUAUUCGACUUCCGAGGUAAAGAUGUUGCCGACGCCAUGCGCGAGUUGCUCGAAUCCUUCCGUCUGCCGGGUGAAUCACAGCAAAUUGAUCGGAUCACGGAGACGUUUGCGAAGCACUACUUUGCGUCGGGCCCUGCGGAAAUCAAGACCCAAGAUGCAGUAUACGUUCUAGCCUUCUCGGUCAUCAUGCUUAACACGGACCUACACAAUCCACAAGUCCGCAAACGUAUGACGAUCGAGGACUACUCGCGUAACUUGCGAGGUGUCAAUGGUGACUCAGACUUCUCGCCGGAGUUCUUGUUGUCCGUGUAUGAGUCCAUUCGUAAGCAAGAGAUCGUCUUGCCUGAGGAACACGCCGGACAGCUUGGCUUCGAGUUCGCGUGGAAGGAGUUACUCAUGCGCUCCCGCAAAGCCGGUGAACUCGUCCUCACUAACUCGCCCGCUUUCGACAAGGAGAUGUUUAAGUCGGUUUGGAAACCCGUCAUCACAGCGAUCACCUACGCCUUCAUGACCUUCGACGACGAUUACGCAAUCGAGCGCGCCAUUGCCGGCUUCAGGCAGUGCGCAACCCUGGCCGGCCACUUCGAGCUCCCGGACGUCUUCGACUACGUUGUGAUUUCCCUCUCGCAAGCGACCAACCUCUUGUCCGAGAGCCUCAUCACAGAAGUCCCGAUGUACCCCGUCGUCACGGUCGAAGGCCAAAGCAUCACCGUCUCAUCACUCGCCGUGAAGUUCGGCGCCAACCUCAAAGGCCAACUUGCAGCUGUCGUCCUCUUUAACAUCAUGAACCGCAACGGCAACGCUAUCCGCGAAGGGUGGACACAAGUCUUCGAGAUCUUCCAGAACUUGUUCAUCCACUCGCUCUUGCCGACACGGAUGCUACAGAUGGAGGACUUCCUCGGCGGCGUAUCGAUGAUCCCGUUGCGCGGCGGCAAGAACCAGCCCAGGCGCGCUCCUGCACGCCAGGACGGUCUGCUGUCGACGUUGACGUCGUACCUUAUGACGCCGUACAGCGCCCAAGAUGCGCCUCUUCCUCACGCAACGGAGGCCGAUAUCGAGGCCACGCUAUGCGCGCUUGAUUGCAUCAACACCUGUCGCCUAGAGGACCUCUACGCGCAGCUGCCUCAACUCUCACGCGAGCCACUCGUCGCUGCCCUCCGUUCCCUUGAGGCUCUCGCGUACGAACGCACCGUCGCGCGCUUACAGCAAGAGGUCGACGAUAACGCCUCGAGCGAGAGCCUGGCGCCAUUGGACGCGCCUGAGCGUGUCUUGUCAUACGAUCCUGCAUCCGUAUUCCUAUUGGAGACGAUGGUCAGCAUCGUGUGCCGCACACCCGAACACGUCGAAGAGCUUUGGCCAAUCCUCUUCGAGCACGUCUCCGCGCUUCUCCAGUCGAGCCAGCGAUACAGCAUCCUGCUCAUUGAACGCGCUGUUGUGGCGCUGCUGCGCAUCUGCUCGAUACUUGCUACGAAACCGACUAUGCGGGAUCAGAUCUACAUCUCUCUCGAUCUGCUCGGCGGUCUUCCGCCUGCGGUGGCGAACUCUGUGGCGGAGCAGAUCGUCUCGGGCAUUGCGCUCAUUGUGCAGACGCAUCGCCAGGUGAUCAGCUCGCAGACGGAGUGGAAUUUGGUCCUUGCGCUCGUGCGCUCGACAAUGGGUCACCAAGAAGCCGCUCGUGCGUCCUUCAAGCUCGUUCAGGACCUUGUCCGCGAGGGCGCAGGUGUCACCGCUGAGAGCAUCCUACCGAUCGUUGCCAUCCUUGACGACUUCGCCGCGACAGCCGGCAUCGUAGCCGAGAGCGAGAUUGAGCAGCAGCAUAUCCGGAGACGACAGAAGCAGGAGGCGCCGCCUCCAUCUCCAGCUAUUGAGCGUGGUCGCGAAUCUAUCGACUUGCUCUUCGAAGUUCUCAAAGCUCUACCGUCGGCUGUUGAACCGUCAGACGAGCGUUGGGCACAGCUCGCGUUCCCCAUUCUCAUCGCGUUGUCUGCGCACUCGGCGUCUGCGUCUGCGGAAGUCAGGCAUGCGUCGCUGUCACAGCUCUCUCGUGCGCUACUUGGCCCUCUUGUACCUCCAUCACCCUCGCUCGAUGUGCCUGCGCUCUUUGCGCGUGCGCUGUACCCGCUCUUGGAGUCGCUCCUAGACGCACCUGCUGGGCCCGAGGCUACUGAGGCGCGCGUACGCUCUGCUGCUAUCGCAUGCAAAGCGUUCAUGCGUUUCGAAGUAGGCGCAGAUGACCGUGAGCCUGGUUCGGAUGGUACAGAUGAGGUGCUGUCUAUCUGGGUGCGCAUCCUCGAGUACCUCGACGCGAUGUUGCGCGCGGACCAGAGCGAUCAGAUGAUGGAGGCGGUCCCGGAGUCGCUCAAGAACGUCGUACUGGUGAUGCACGCUGCGGAUCUGCUGGUACCACCAACCGGCGGGGGCGCACACGAUACGCGGUCUCCUCGACAACAGGUCCUGUGGGACGCGACGUAUCGACGGGUUGAGGGUGUACUUCCUGGGUUCUUGGCUGCUGUCAUACCCGCGCCUCCGCCACCACCACCUUCGGCACAACCGGCUGCUGAAGCGCCGGCGGAGAGUGGAGAGCUGGCUGUGGCGCCAAUAGAAUAG